AUGCAUAUUCUCAUUACCGGCGCCGCCGGCUUCAUCGGCCAAUUGCUUGCUAGAGAGUUACUCAAUGAUCCCUCGCAUCGCGUUACAUUGACAGACAUCCACCAGCCUCCAAUCCCCGAGGGUGUCAAAUACCCACAGAAUGCGACGACUGUGAAGGGGGAUCUUCUUACCGCAGCAAAUGAUAUCGUCGACAAGUCUCUAGAUGCUGUCUACGCUUUCCACGGGAUAAUGUCCUCUGGCUCCGAGAUAAAUUUCGACCUGGGCAUGAGCGUAAACAUUGACGCCACUCGCAACCUGUUGGAGGCUCUAAGACAUACCUGCCCCGGAGUUCGAGUGAUCUAUUCCUCUAGCCAGGCUGUUUACGGCCAACCCUUACCGGAGGUGGUGACCGAUAGCGUUAUCCCAACACCUGAAUCCUCAUACGGCGCAGAGAAGAUCGUCUGCGAAACACUAGUGAACGAAUACACCCGCCGUAAGUUCAUCACUGGCUUCAGCUUGCGCUUCCCCACGAUCUCCGUUCGUGCCGGUGCCCCGACGGCCGCCGCUUCCUCCUUCCUCUCCGGCUUGAUUCGUGAGCCUCUCAAUGGCCAGGAGUGUAUUAUUCCUAUCGAGGACCGAUCCUUCAAGUCUUGGCUUUGCUCACCUAAAACUCUGGUGCAUAAUCUUCUUCUUACUCUUCAACUCCCUGCGGACUCGGUACCCUUGCAUAUUCGCCAGAUCAAUGUACCCGGUAUCUGUGUGACUGUUCAAGAUAUGAUGGAUGCACUGGAGAAGAUUGGCGGCAAGGAUAAGCUAGCGCUUCUCAAGGAGAAGGAAGAUCCGGCCUUUGUGCCAAUUUUGAGGUCUUGGCCUACUCAAUUCGAUAACACGCAGGCCAUUUCUCUGGGCUACAAGCGGGACGAAUCCUUUGAGCAAGCUGUGCUAGACUACAAGCAGUCAUUGUAA